AACUUCUUCUUGGGAGAGACAAUCAGGUGUAGGGGUGUGAGUCAGAGACUCAGACCAUCCUAGUUGUCGUUUUAUUUUAGAAUUCGGUUUUAAUUUCGUGCUUGAAAGCGGCAGUCAUGAGUGAAUUUGUGUGGGGACUGAAAAACGGUGAUCUGGACCAAGUGAAGGAGGCCGUAGAGAAGCAAGGAACGGAUGUUAACACUGCUAUAGAAGGUCGACCUCCUUUGUGUUUAGCUUCAGAUUAUGGCCAGUCCGAUGUAAUUAGAUAUUUAUUAGAAAAAGGUGCAAAUGUUGAUUCUACAGAUAAACAUGGUAUAAGUGCAUUACUAGCAGCUAUUUGGGAAGGACAUACACAGUGUGUUAAGAUUUUAUUAGAAGCCGGAGCCAAUAAAAAUGGGACUGCACCAGAUGGAACUAGUUACUUGGAUGCUGCAGAAAAGGAUGAAAUCAAAGUUCUACUAAGAUAAACUUUAAUACUGUAAUUAAUUAGGUAGUUGCGAGGGUGCAAGAACUGGGUCACAUGUGGAUGGCAAGUUGUGGAAGGUUCCUGAUGUUGUAGUGAGUACAUCAUUCUCUUUGGAAGACUCCUCACUGCAAGAUCCUGGAAACUUCCAUAUCUAGAGGAAAGAGUGUUCCUCAUUCCAUAGGGUGGCCAUCUGCCCCUUUGAAUAUUGUGAAUGACACAAAGAAUGAUUUUCAUUUAAGCUCAUAGAAUCUUCAAAUAACAUCAAACACACUUUCAGCUGGAACAGCAUAUUCAAAAGUAUAUUUUCAGGCUACUUAUGUGAUAAUUAAAAGUGUAUUUAAUGUCAAUAUUCUCAAAACGUUUUACAAUAAUGUAGAUGUUUGUUGAAUAAUUUAUUUUAAUACAUCAAUUUCUGAUUUAAUGUUAGAUGACUAAGGCAUGAGUGAAUGUUUUGUGGUCAAUUGUCACCAUGAUGAGGUAGUUCUAUUGUCUUUAAACAGGAAUUGCUUUAUUAACCAUUAAUGUAUGGUAUAUGAGAAGAGUUGAUGGAUGAAAAUAGAUUUACAGGAGACUUCUGUGAAUCUAUCAUGGGUAAAGAAUUAAAAGUCUAUCUCAGAGGAAAAUUUGGAAUUCCAGUCAAUCAAUUUUUUUACUGUGGUUAUAUAUGAUGGCACUCAAGCUUGAGUAUAAUAAUUUUUUACUAAUUUUUAGCAUAAUAUAAUUUGUCUUUGGUACAACAUUUGAAACUAAUUAACUUGAAUGUUUAAUCUUGUGUAACAAAAUUAUUUAGGGUCUAAAUAGGGGUGAUAAUGUUGCCGUCCAGCGGAGGAAGUCUAAAAGUUGCAAUUGCUAUGAUUGUUCUUGCACCUUAGCAGAGUUAGUAGGAAUUCUAAGCGUCCUGUAUAAUCAAGAUUAAUAAAUUAAACCCAGGGGUUUGACAUUGUGUAACAAAUGGCUGUGGAUGUUAUAAUAAGGUGGUGGUGGAUGCAACUAUUUGUCUUACAUUCAGAGCUUUGAAUUUGCUAUAUAUGGUAUGCUAUCUGUUGAACUAGUAAAGCUGCCUUGCUAUUUAAUGUCUAUACGUAAGGUUUGCUAUACAGAAUAUACAUUGUCAGUUUAUACAGUGUUUGUGUGUCUCUUUAUAGUAUACAGUAUAUGAAUACAUGUGUGUAUAUUUGUAUACACAUGUAUGUCAGGGUGUUAGGUUUUUAUCCAUCAGUUUCCAUACUUUCCCAUCGCUGCUUUGUCAUUUUUUUCAUUUGUGUGUCCUUAGUAUUGCUGUCAUUUUUUACUCCCAAUAUAAGCAUAUAUCGAUAUCCCUCUUUUACACAUUCCUCAUGUGUUCAGUGUGUUAAUACACUUUCAAAUUAGUCAUCAUUCACAUUUUAUAAUUAUCCUUUUUAGAUGGUCAAUUACUUUUGCAUUAAUGCUUAAUGAUUUUUCGAUACAUGGUCAAUUGUUUUUGCAUUGAUGAAUAAUUUUUGGUUCUAUGGUCAAUUGCUUUUGCAUUAAUGCUUAAUUUGUGGAUAUAUAUUAUUAAUCAGCAAUAUUUUCUUGCAUCUGGAUCUAUUGUUUGUAGUUUCUUAUUUGUAAGCUUAAUUUUGCUCUACACUUGCUUUAACCCACUCAUUUUGGAAAUUUUUCUUCCAUUCACUUUUAGCAUCAUUAAUACUCUCCAUGCUGAAUAGUUCUGCAGCGAAUUGCAAUCUAUAUGUGCUUAUCUCCAUUGUCACCCCCUUGAUGCUCAUCAGUAUUGUCCAUGCUUAAAGCGACAUUUCCUACUUUCACUGUACCAGGAGUGGAUUUAAUUAGAUUUAGUUUGAUCUCAUACAAACCUUUCUAAAUUCCAGUCCUUUGAAUAUUUAGUAAAUAAAUUUUUUCAUAUGCAUGAACAGAUUUUUGAUAAAUUGGGAUAGAAACGGUUACUUUUUGAAAUUCUGUUUUUGAUACUCUUGUAAAUCCCCCAUCUUUAUAUAUUUUAUUUGAUAUGAUAGUGAUUGUCUCAAUUAUGGGAAUUAUUUGUGUAAAAAGACUAUAUCCAAGCUUG